ACCAUCGAUUUUUACAGUGCAGUUUUUCGUAUUCGUCUUGUGGUCGGUGUGAAAAUAUUGCUCGCGGAAAAGUGGAUGCUUGAUUCACGCGGGUUUUGUCGAGUAAUCUUUCAAUAGUGCGCCGUGCUCUAGGACAAUAUCCUUCUGCAAGAAUUUGUAAUGUCUUUCAUUGCUCGGAACGUUGUUAGGAGCCUGGCUCAGGUCUCCUGUCGUGGGAUUCAUUCGACCGGAGCUGUUCAGGCACCGACAGCAAGCUCGAGUAAGGAAGGUCGUAUCACCUGUACGCUAAUUCCGGGUGAUGGCGUUGGUCCAGAAUUGAUGUACUCCGUUCAGGAAGUCUUUAAAGCCGCUGAUGUUCCAGUUGAUUUCGAGACUUUUUUUCUUUCGGAGAUUAACCCAAUUCUGAGCUCCCCGCUGGAAGAUGUGGUGCGAUCUAUUCGUAAGAACAAGGUCUGUCUCAAGGGUAUUCUUGCAACUCCCGAUUACAGCCGCACCGGAGAACUGGAGACAUUGAAUAUGAAACUGCGCAACGAAUUGGAUUUGUAUGCGAACGUUGUACACGUUGUUAGCUUGGAGGGAGUCAACACUCGCCAUAAGGGAAUCGAUAGCGUUGUUAUUCGUGAACAAACAGAGGGUGAAUACUCCGCCCUGGAACAUGAGACCAUACCCGGGGUGAUCGAGUGUCUAAAGGUCAUUACAGGCCAGAAGUCUGCUCGUAUCGCCAAGUUUGCCUUCGAUUAUGCUACUAAGCACAACCGCAAGAAGGUCACAUGUGUCCACAAGGCCAACAUCAUGAAGUUGGGCGAUGGCUUGUUUUUGAGAAAGUGUGAAGAGAUUGGUAAACUUUACCCACGCAUCCAGCUCGAGAAAAUGAUUGUUGAUAACACAACCAUGCAGUUGGUGAGCAACCCGAACCAGUUCGACGUUAUGGUCGCUCCGAAUUUGUACGGAAAUAUUAUCGACAAUAUUGCUUCGGGACUUGUUGGCGGAGCCGGUGUCGUGGCCGGUGCUUCCUACUCUGCGGAGCAUGCCGUAUUUGAACCGGGCGCACGCCACACGUUUGCCGAGGGCGUCGGUAGGAAUAUCGCCAACCCAACCGCUAUCCUGCUAUGUUCUUCGAAAAUGUUGCGCCACGUCAACCUGAUGCACUACAGCCAGAUGAUUUUCCAUGCAGUGCAGGAUGUGCUCAAAUCAGGCAAAGUUCGCACGAAGGACUUGGGCGGCCAAUCGACAACCGAUGAUUUCACGAAAGCCGUCAUCCACAACCUGCGGUAAAUAACCAUGGAUAACAGAGCAAGGCUACGUAAUAACUCAAGUGGCUCAGCAGCGCAUAUAUAAGAAAAUGAGUUAACUCUGUCAAUCCCUAUCUAAUGGAAUGAAAGUUGCAAGGGAUGUACUUACUUCAACACUAAUAUAACUGUAAAUCCCAGCUCUCGCGUUAAAUUAUUUAAAAAUGUGAACGACAUACAGCCAAAGGAUGAUAAAAUAAAACGAUAACACCAUGGUUCAAACAAAA